GAGUAGUACUUAAGCUUGGUACCCAUGAUAACAUGAUAGCCCCGUCCGAAAAGCAGGCCACAGCUCUUGUUGAGCUUGCGAUAGGAACGCCGUAAUAUGGUCCAAGUUCAUUCUCUCAACAUCUCACCGCCUCUUAUCAACUCGUCUUGUGCAUGGGCUUCCGACUAUGCGCAGCUGCGCGAGUUGUACCAAUGCGCGGAAAUUGGAGCGAUUACCACUCGUACCGCUACUCUGAAGGGGUUCAACCAGGAUGAAACCCACACUGUCGCAUUCUCCAACACGUCCGUCACAACGGUAAAUUCUUAUGGAUACUCACCACACCCAUUGGCAUCAUAUAUUGAAUGGGUGUACGAACUGCUCACGAGCUCCGGGGCUCGGUUGAAGCCUGUGAUCAUCAGUGUCACGGAUUCGGAUCCAGACAAGUUACGCGAAUUGCUCUCUCAAAUCCAAAGUCUACGCUCCCGGCUGAGGGCGGUUUCCUCUGGACAUGAUGGCACAUCGGAUUUGUCUCGUUUUGUCGCAAUUGAGCUUAACACUUCCUGCCCGAAUAUCAAGAGCAAGCCUCCUCCAGCUUACACCCUCCCACUUCUGAAACCUCUCCUCAACGUACUCGCCGAAUCGUUUUAUGAGGAUGGGACACUGACUAUUGGGCUGAAGCUUCCCCCAUACAUCUACUUGACUCAGUUUAGCGACCUCGUCGAUUGUCUUGCUCAAUAUUCGAGAGCAGGCGACAAGGAGAUCCUCACGAUCCCGUUCGCGUUUCUGACGUGUACCAAUACUCUUGGGUCGUCCCUCCUCUUCACGGAUCAAGUAUUACCUAGAUCAACAACGCCGUCGUCUGAUGUCCAAUCUAGCUUCGCGCUUCCCACUGGCCUUGGAGGGCUCGGGGGAGAUGCAAUGCAUUCCCUAGCCUUAGGCAACGUCUACACGUUCUCACAGCUUCUAGCGUCAUCUGAAGAUGCCGCUGUGAAGGACAUCAAGGUUAUCGGUGUUGGUGGGGUUACGAAUCCAGAGGCUAGAAAGAGGAUGCAUGCUGCGGGUGCUAGCGUGGUAGGCUGUGCAACGUUGUUGGGAUUCAAAGGUGUCGAAGGCUUCAAGCUCUUAAGUCAAUAGGUCAGGACUCAUUCAUGAAGGGUUAAUAUGGCUCACCGAAUGUUAAAAUUCGCCAGGUUAUGUACGAUGAUGUUGCGCGUAAUCAAUCUCGUUGAAUGGAGGCUCAGUUGAAUCUUCCCUUCUCGCUCUACAUUUCUCAUGCCUAUCGCCCUCAGCGUUUGGAGGAUAUCUUUCAAUACUGCUCCAGCAUUGCGAAUAUAGAUUUCGUUCAGACAUUGGGCGAUACAGACGAACCCGAUAUACGAAUCUGCUACGACGGAUCAUAAUUGGUGUGAGAGGCAUUAGAAGUUGAGGCUACUACAAUCCCGGCGGUUCUCCAAACGCAGGUGACGAUAACGUUCCUGGAAAGGAUGGAGGAUUAGCCAAUACGACAUGUUUUUUCAGCACUCCCGCGUCGCCUCUCGUCGGCGAUGGGAUAGGACUAGAAGACAGACUGUGGGAGUCUCUGAGAUACUUCCAUGAAGUUGGACAUAUGUUGGGGCUUCUUCAUCCUUUGUGAAUACUAUGAAGAAUUUACCUU